UGUUCAGACGCAGAUAUCGUCGAUAUUAGACUUACUGGGGGAUUUUUAAUAAGUAUGUAAUUGGAGUUUUUUUUUUUUAAAUCCAUACAAUUCUGUUUAUUUUAUAUGUGUUCAUGGCCAUUCGAAUACUUUAAAACUGCAUGAUAGUUUUUUUUAAUGGCACAUAUUUUGCACAUAUUUUUGUGAACAAUUUUUCCCCUCUAGAGGAUCCGUAGUUACACGCAAGCGCAGUUGAAGUCUUGUCUGUCUUGACCAUUGGGCGACACAUCGCAGAAGUUAUCCAGAUUGUUUUGUUGCAGCCACAUUUUAAGCUUUUUUGACUGGUUUUAAUCCCCAAGGGACUGAAAACAAAGGGUCUGCGUUCACAUUUAUCAGCAACACAUGGCGUUCAGAGGAUGUUGGAGGUUUGUUGGGAUUGUCCCCCGACUUUUGUGGAAUACUUCUACCCCGUGCAGAGCCUCUGUCCCGGUAGGACGAAGCUGUGUGUCCGUCUUUGACAACAGCCGCCAAGGCUCUGCCUUGCAUUUCCGCGGGUACAGUUCAGAGCCACUGAGCACUGAGGUGAGUUACGAGCAGCUCAAACAGCGGCUGAAUGACGGGAAAGUGGUGGUCAUAGACGUCCGGGAGCCGUGGGAGCUCAGAGAGUACGGCUUUAUCCCAGGCUCCGUGAACGUCCCCCUGGGUCAAGUAAACACCGCCUUCCAGCUGAGUCCAGAAGACUUCAGAGAAAAGUUUGGUGCUGAAAUGCCUCACCGGACAGACAACAUCGUGUUCUUGUGCCUGGCGGGGAUCCGGAGCAAGGCCGCUGUCGAUACAGCCGCCUCGCUGGGAUAUAAAGACGCUCAGCAUUACCCAGAUGGAUGGCAAGGCUGGGCCAAAUGUGAAGAGCUGAAGUGACCCUCUGAUUCUGGAAACAGAUGUGUUCAGACAUGAAAAUCAACAGCAAAAACUGAGGCGUCUUCCCCUCCAAAAGCAGCAGCUGCACAGGUCUUAGCAGCUUCUUUAAGCCUCUGCUACAUUAUUGGAGGGAACCGCCGGCCUUCCUGUCCGUGUAACUGCUGAUGAUGAAGGCGCAGGACACUGCUUAGCUUAUCAAUAAGCUGUUCACCUUCAGGGCUACUGUUUUUUUACACUCCCCAAAGAAGUAGGCGGCUCUUUUUUCCACAUCAGGGAAACUUCUAGGAAUCGUUAUAUUCUGAAGUGCAUGUAAAGAAAUGUUACAUAAAUAACAGAUUUUUAUUUUUCUUGAUUUUAGUUUGAUCCUUGUUCUGGAGGCUUUUUUUAAACAUUUUAUUAGAAAAGUUAUAAAAGUUAGAAAAGCCUAAAACACGUAUUAACCCCCCCAUCCCCCCGAAAAAUACAUAAUUAUUAAGAAAUAACUAUAAAUUACUUUGUUUCCAGGAAUCCCUGAACCAGCAGUGUUCUGCUGGUUUGUCCAACAUCCACACUCUACCUGCAGCUGAUCACCUGAGUCAGGUGUUUUCUGGCCAAAAGAACCAACAGGGGGAGUGUUAGUUAGAACUCAAACAGAACACCAGAACUUUAAAGGGGCCAUACCAUGAUUUUCUUAAGUCAUGCCCCCAAGUCCCACCCCUCUGACUGAAUUUUCAAAUUUCAGCAGUGGGUGGAGUCAGCCUCCAACUUCCUGGUUUGGUUACCCUUUAAGGGCUACAGAUUGAUUCCUCCGAUUAAAGGCCAAUAUGACUGCUUUGCAUAGUAUUUGGAGCAAAACAAAGCUUAUAGUUUGCACAUUCCAUAGCAGAUUAUUUAAAAUGAAGCACUUUUUCUAAAUUGUUUUGUAAGCAUUUUAUUAAUAGGCUUCAAAAAGCCCAGAUUUAAUUAACAUGGAAGCUUGCAGCCAUAACAAAGUUGAAAAUCACUACUACGCACUACUAUCUCAUCUGAACACUCAGAUCCGUUCUUGGCAUCUGUGAAAGAUUUCUGCUUCCCCUCUUAUACGUUGGGAUUCAACUGGCAGCCUUACAAAUGUUUUUUUAGUUUAGUUGGUUUUUACGUUAUUUAAGUUUAAGCUUUAGUAUGAAAGGGGUUAAAUAAAACUGCAAAAAAAUGCAAUAUUACUUGAAGUGACUUGAAAACUGUUUAUCAGCUGAAAUGUAAAUCCUUUAACCAUUUAACACCAGUGACGCUUAAACACAAAAUCUUGAAUAUACCGUACAUUUACUACUGUUAACACGGUAAUUCCAGCAGAUUUUGAAGGAGAAAAGCGGCUCGCGCCACUUUUCUCCUUCAAAAUCUACUGGAAUUAUCGUGUUAACAAUUAAAAAAUUACAGUAAAUCAAAAAAUAUUACACUGGAGCUCUAUAUACUGAGGGAUUGUCAGAGUGGAGAAAGUGCAUGAAGGUUUUUCAGAUGUAGUUUUUAAGAAAUAACUGUAAAUAGAGAACAUUUGCUGCUAAAACAAUUUCAAAAUAAAACUUUUGACCCAUAAAA